AUGGUCGGAAAUCAUUCAGCGGUCAUCCUCGCAGUGUCUUGGACGGAAACAUGCAUUGGUUUAUUCUUUUUCGGCCUUCGAUUCCUGAGUAACUGGAAAUUCGUGGGGCGGUUUAGAUGGGACUUUGCCGUCGCUGGUUUGACGGUGGCGACCGAGACUACUGCUCAGGUGUUCCUGCAGUUUUCGGUCAAUGCUGGGAUGGGCCGUCACUUGGAUAAUCUGUCGGACACGCAAAUAGUCACAGCGCUACACUGGUCAUGGGUGUUCCAGUUACUCGCAAUAGCUGCUAGUAUGCUAGGAAAGCUUGCGAUUCUCGCCUUCCUUGUCCAGAUUCGUGGUCGUCACGAGAAAAAGCCGUGGUUCUUGAUUAUCCUGGGUGUUCUCAUCGGGGCAGUUAACAUCGCUGUUCUUGGGACUAUUCUGGGUCAAUGUAGGCCAAUGCACAAAUUGUGGGAUGAUAGUGUUGAAGGAACAUGCGACCCAGGGCGCAAAAUGAACCAGAACUAUUCGUUCUUCCAGGCUAGCUUCAACGCAUUUAGCGACGUCCUGUUGGCAUUGUAUCCAGUUCAUCUCUUUUGGAAGCUCCAGAUGAAGCUGCGGAUCAAGAUCGCCUUAUCUAUCCUCAUGGGAUUCGACGCUCAAUCAGACCUCCUCAUCUGGGCCUCGACAGAAGCUUGGAUUGUCGUCAUCGUUGGGUGCGUACCGCCCAUCCGACCUCUCAUGGAGAAGGUGUUGCAGCGACUGGGUCUCACCUCGAAGAAACCCUCGACUCCCUACCAGUACCGCAACUCGAGUGGAUAUGAAGUAUAUGGCACAAACAAGUCCAACCCAAUGAGCCACUCCAACUUUCAGUCCAAAGCAUACGGGGGGAGAAAGCCAUUUGACGAUGAUAGCCCGGACUGGAUCGAGCUCAACACAUCUCGUGGGACGAAUGGAAGUGAGGAACAUAUUGUCAAUGGCACAAAGGAUGUUAUGAUUAGGACUGAAAUUGAGACUCGUUUCGAGGAUGUGGAGGGUCAGGUCGACCCGCAAUCAGGAGAUUGUAGUAGCUCUGCGAAGGGUUCGAUUCAUGGGCGUCUUCAGGAUGUCCGAAAAGUUGUUUAA